AUGCUUUUCCACACAAUUGCCGGCUUUGCCGUCGUCUCGCUCGCCUCUGCCAGCGCAAUCUUCCCUCGGGCAGCCUGCGGUGAAGGAGCGCAAAAGAUCUGCUAUGGUGUCAGCGGCGGUCAGUCCCAGGACCUUGACCCAGAAGACGUCCAGUACGUCGCCCAGUAUCUCCGCUACCUAAACGACCAGAACUCGGGCAAGGACAAGUUCUGGACCAUGCCAAAGGCCAUUGACUGUGCAGAGUGGUCGCUGCCCGUGCCCAACGCCGGCACCGUGCUCGCGCUCGCCAAGCACAUCAACAACCGCGAGCUCUCGUCCAUUCUUUACGAGGAUCUCGCCACCGCUAUCGACGGCGGCAAAAAUGCACCGGACAAGGGCAAGAAUGAGCUUCUUGGAUGCGGUAAGAAUGGCGGCCAAAUGGGCGUCACGGCAAACACGAGUAAUCCUCUCUACAACACGGCCGAGUACAAGAGCAGCGGAGCAAAGCCAAACGGCAUCAUCAUCAAGCUGGUAAAGGCUCCGGCUAGUUGA